GGGAUCAUAUCCAGCAGGGCUCAGUGAUCCGAGAGCGCGCUCAGCUGGCGCGCGCGUCUCACUGACCGUCAAACGCUCCGUACGUGUUUGCACAGGACCGGUGCCGCAGAUCGGUGCGCACCGGGCAUCGCCACACUAUUUCAGCACGGUUUCAACGAGGAGGGUUUCACCCGUUGCUGAGGUGCCCUUGGUGCUGUGGAACCAGUGCUGGUCAUGACUGAAUGCCUACUUUGAUCUAUAUGCUGUGAAGAGACCAAUAUCUGGUGGAUUCUACAAUUGAGCCCAACCAUGUUCCACUUGAUCAAGAAAGAUAAAGACAAGGAGAAGGAUGGAACAAAAAAGGAGAAGAAGGAGAAGAAAGAGAAAAAAGAGCGAAUGUCUCAAGCCGAGCUGAGGAGCCUAGAGGAAAUGAGUGUUAGGAGAGGUUUCUUUCAUCUUCAUCGAAGCAGCUCUAAACGGGAGGCGAAAGGGAAACUGGAGAUUUCCAGCCCUAUUCCCAUCAAGGUCGUCCGGAACACAGAGCUCAGCCUGACAGACGUGGACCUCAGGAAACUCUAUACUCAGGGUACCAUAACACCCACAAGCUCCAGUGAUGACAUUAAGCUGGACCAAGAUGUCCGCCAGUCAUCCAUCAAAGAACAGGCGGUCAAAUAUGACUCCAUGACGAAGCAGAAUUCCCCAGUUGAACAAAUCUUGAAGCGUUCCUUCUCACAGAAGAGUAAAGACGAAAGCCCUUCAGGGUCAACUGCACCAUCAGAGCAGAACUCCGCCAUUCCCUCACCUCAGGUAGAGAUCAAGGUGUUCAGCCCCCAGCCUGUAUACACACCCCCCCAUCCCACCAGCCCUGCAAAAAGCGUCCAAAUCCCAGAAAUAGUGGACCGAACGUUCCCAGCAGACCUGCGCUUGCCUGCCGUGGCACCACCGCAAAUUCCUGCACCAAGAGAGUUGGAAAUUCAGCGCCGUAAUACAGGCGAUUUCGGCUUUUCCCUUCGACGCACCACCAUGGUGGACCAGAGGCCCGAUGGGUCGCUCUACCGAAAGGUGGUCCACUUUGCCGAGCCUGGUGCUGGAAAUAAGGACCUGACUCUGGGGCUGGUGCCAGGCGACCGUCUGGUAGAGAUCAAUGGAAGGAACGUGGAAAAUAAAAGCAGGGAUGAGAUCGUGGAGAUGAUCAGACAGUCUGGAGACACGGUGCGUCUGAAGGUGCAGCCCAUCGUGGAGUUGAGCGAGCUGAGCCGCUGCUGGUUAAAGAACACCAGAGGCCCUUACCGUGAUGUUAAUGAGGUAAAAGAUGAAAAUGUCCCGGGUGCAAAAAGCUCGAAUUCGGACAGUGAGAACAGUAUGAGUCAGUCUCAGACAGCAGUAAGUGGCUCCAUCGAGCGACAACGGGGCGAACCAUCAACAGUGGUGAAUCCAGAGUGGCCACUGACUGUAGACCAGAGAAGCAGCGAUUCCAAGAAUGGACGACAUGGCAGUGUUGAGUCUGACCCAUUGACAAGGAAAGGGCUAAACCUGGCAAACAAAGCUGGGUCAGAGGAAAAGCCUUCGACAGCCACUUCAGUCCCCAAAACAAGCCGUCCACUGCAGACUGGCAGCUCUGUGGAUGGAGAUGCCCUCUCUGUUGGAUUGACCAGCCUAAUGGGCCGUGCAAGGACUAAAGAGCAUCGCUUUCGCUUGAGAGCUGCCGAACGCAAAGAACCUCAAGAGGAAAGCAAAGAAAGGAUUGAUGAAAGUGAGACCCCCUCAGAAGAACCCCAACCUUCCGCCCCUGCAAUCAGUCCACCUCCUAGACUGGACCCUCUUGCCCCUCCUGUUGGCUUUUUACCUUCUAAGCCAAAUCCUCUUACACCUCCAGCUGGAUUCCUUCCAGUUGCCAAGCCUGAUCCAUUGGCUCCACCUGCUGGUUUCAUUCCAGCUCCUAAACCAAAUUCUUCUGUUCAACCUACACCCAAACCAGAUCCUCUGGUACCACCGUCAGGAUUCAACUCAGCUCCUAAACCAAACACUUCCACUCUACUUACACCCAAGACCGAUCCUCUGGCACCACCAGCGGGAUUCAUACCAGCUCCUAAACAAAACCCUUCCAUUCCCAAACCUGAUCCUAUGGCACCACCAGUGGGAUUCGUUCCCACCCCAAAGCGUGACCCUUUUGCCCCAGUGGCAGGAUUUAUCCCCAAGCCCAAAGUUGACCCAUUAGCACCCCCUACAGGCUUUAUUCCUGUACCAAGGUCCAUUGCUGUACGAAAGCCAGAGGUAAAGGAGGUGUUAAAACCUUCCGCGGCUCCUGCUGGAAAACUUCCAUCUCAGAUCUCCAACCAACAGGGAUCUCCAGUGAUGCCCACCCUGGGAAAUCAGGCUAAGGCAGCUGAAGAUCCUGUGGCUAUCCUGCAGGCUGCACAUGAAGCUGCCAGUCUGUCUAAGGUGAAGACAGAGGAACAGCUUGCAGCAGAGAAGGCAUGGUAUAACACUGAAAAGGUCUGGCUUGUCCAUAAAGAUGGCUUCUCUUUGGCUACACAGCUCAAGGCAGAGAUGGGUUCUCUACCAGAGGGGAAAGUGAAUGUCAGACUCGAACAUGAUGGGGCAGUACUGGAAGUGGACGAGGAUGAUGUGGAAAAGGCAAAUCCUCUAUCAUAUGAUCGAGUGGAGGAUCUCUCCUCUCUCCUGUACCUCAAUGAGUCCAGCAUCCUUCACUCCCUUCGUCAGCGCUAUGGUGGGAACCUCAUUCACACCUACGCUGGGCCAAAUCUUCUGGUGAUCAAUCCGCUCAGCACGCCUGCCUUGUACUCAGAGAAGGUGAUGCAGAUGUUCAAGGGCUGCCGGAGAGAGGAAACAGCUCCUCAUAUUUUCGCUAUUGCUCAGUCAGCGUAUCAUCAGCUGCUGACCACACGUCAGGAUCAGACCAUCGUGCUGCUGGGCAAGAGUGGCAGCGGAAAGACCAUUAACUGCCAGCAUCUGCUGCAGUACCUGGUCACCAUCGCAGCUGGCAGUGGAAAGGUGUACUCAGCUGAGAAAUGGCAGGCGGUCUACACGGUUCUGGAAGCUUUUGGAAACAGCAGUACAGCUAUGAAUCAGAACGCUAGUCGAUUCUCACACAUAGUCUCUCUUGACUUCGACCAAGCAGGACAAGUGGCCUCUGCCUCUAUUCAGACCAUGUUGCUGGAGAAGUUCAGAGUAACCAGACGACCAGAAGCAGAAUCAAGCUUCAAUGUGUUUUACUAUCUGAUGGCUGGAGCAGAUGCAGCUUUAAAGACUGAACUUCAUUUUAAUCACUUUGCUGAGAGCAGCGCGUUUGGGCUGCUCCCUCACUCAAAGGGUGAGGACAAGCAGAAAGCCACUCAGCAGUUCACUAAGCUACAGGCUGCCAUGAAGGUCCUAGGCAUCUCUGCUGAAGAACAGAAAACAGUGUGGCUGAUCUUAGGGGCCAUAUACCACCUUGGUGCCGCUGGGGCCACCAAAGAAAAAGAUGCAGCGGGCCGAAAGCAGUUUGCCAGGCAUGAGUGGGCACAAAAAGCAGCGUAUCUCCUGGGCUGCUCACUGGAAGAGCUGUCAUCUGGCAUCUUUAAAACACAGGGCAAGGGCACUCUUCCCCGCUCCUCAAGCGUCCGGCAGAGUACGGAUGAUACGGAUAGCUCAGUGUCAAAAGCAACAGCAACUGAGUGCUUGGAGUUUAUGGCGUCUGGUUUAUACUCUGAGCUUUUCACGCUCAUCAUCUCUCUCAUUAACAGAGCGCUGAAGUCCAGUCAGCAUUCUCUCUGUUCUCUGCUGAUUGUGGACACACCAGGGUUCCAGAACCCUCGUCAGGUGAAGAAUCAGCGUGGGGCCACUUUUGAGGAGCUCUGCCAUAAUUACGCUCAGGAACGUCUGCAGACACUGUUCCAGGAGCGAACAUUUGUACGGGAACUGGAGCGUUACAAAGAGGAAAACAUUGAGAUCACAUUGGAUGACCUGGAGCCCAGCCCUUCUCGCUCAGUAGCUGUGGUUGAUCAGUCCUCCAGUCAGACCCUGGUACGUACUCUGUCCCGGACAGAUGAGGCCAGAGGUCUGUUCUGGCUGAUGGAGGAGGAGGUUUUGCAGCCAGGAGGGUCAGAGGAAACGCUCCUGCAGCGACUUUUCAGUUACUAUGGCCCUGCAGAGGGAGAGAGCACAGGUCACACAGUGGUGCUUAAAAGUGAAAACACACAUCACUUCCUGCUCGGCCACAGUCACGGGACAGAUUGGGUGGAAUAUGACACACACGGAUGGCUAAACCUAGCCAGGCUAAAUCCCACCCCCCAGAACGCAGCCAAUCUGCUGCAGAACUCCCAGAAGAAGAGCAUCAGCGGGAUGUUUGUGGGCCGCUCCAGCAGUGCUGCGGUUUUGACCGGCUCCAUCGCUGGACUGGAGGGCGUCUCUCAGCUUGCUAUGCGUCGGGCCACCAGCAUGAGGAAGACCUUCACCACAGGCAUGGCGGCUGUCAAAAAGAAGUCUCUCUGUCUUCAGAUUAAACUCCAAGUGGAUGCACUUUUGGACACCGUGCGGAGAUCUAGGGUUCACUUUGUCCACUGUCUGUUACCUCGAGAGGAGGUUCUGAGGGCCGCAGGCACCCCGGAGGAGACCUGUGAUCCUGGACUCAUGCAGAUAGAUGUGGCUUUGCUCAGGGCCCAGAUCCGUGGCUUCAAGCUGCUGGACAGCUUGAGGAUUUACAGACAAGGUUACCCUGACCACAUGGUCUUCUCUGAGUUCAGAAGACGCUUUGAUGUUUUGGCCCCUCACCUGACCAAGAAACUGGGCCGAAACUACAUUGUGAAGGAUGAGAAACGAGCAGUAGAGGAGCUUUUGGAGUCUCUGGAAUUGGAGAAGAGCAGCUAUCACAUGGGCCUGAGCAGGGUGUUCUUCAGGGCUGGAACAGUGGCUAAACUAGAGGGACAGAGGGAUGAACACACCAGACAGAACAUCACGCUGUUCCAGGCCGCCUGCAGGGGCUUUUUGUCUCGACAGGCCUUCAAAAAGAUGAAGAUCCAGGAUUUGGCCAUCCGUUGUGUCCAAAAGAACAUCAAGAAGAAUCGUGGCGUGAAAGACUGGCCCUGGUGGAAGCUCUUCACCACCGUACGACCUCUAGUAGAGGUUCAGCUCACCGAAGAACAGAUUCGAGGAAAAGACGAGGAGAUCAUGCAUCUGAAGUUGAAGCUGGAGAAGGUGGAGAAGGAGAGAAAUGAGCUACGGCUGACCUCGGAUCGUCUGGAGAGCAGAAUCACAGAGCUGACGGCAGAGCUUUCAGAUGAGAGGAACUCUGCUGAGUCCACAUCCCAGCUGCUGGAGACAGAAACAAGCGAGAGACUGCGUUUGGAGAAGGACAUGAAGGACAUGCAGGUGAAGUUUGACGCUGUGAAGAAACAGAUGGAUUCCAUGGAGAUGGAGAUCAUGGAGGCCAGACUUCUCCAAGCGUCAGAACUCAAUGGCGAGAUGGACAAUGAUGGUGAUGAUUCUGGAGGUGAAUGGAGGCUGAAAUAUGAACGUGCCAUCAGAGACACAGAAUUCACGAAGAAAAAACUCCAGCAGGAGAUGGAUGACAAGGUUGAGACAGAACAACAGAACAAGAGACACUUGGAGAGAAAAUUAACAGACUUGAAGGCUGACCACGAGGAGUCCCAGAGGUCAGUCCAGCAGCUGAAGAAGAAAUGCCAGCGGCUGGCAGCUGAACUGCAAGACACCAAGCUCCACUUGGAAAAUCAAGAGGGACGCAACCAUGAGCUGGAGAGAAAACAGAGAAAGUUUGAUGUGGAGAAGAACCAGUUUCACGAGGAACUACAGAAGGAGAGGAACCAGCGGGAGAAACUGGGUAGAGAGAGAGAUAUGCUAACUGGAGAGGUGUUUACAGUCAGACAGCAGCUACAGGAGAAGGACACAGAGCUGUGUACAGUCAGUCUGAAAGUAGAGCAGCUGGAAUCCGAACUUCAGGAUCUCUCCUCUCAGGAGUCAAAAGACGAGGCGUCCCUCGCAAAGAUUAAGAAGCAACUGCGUGAUUUGGAAGCAAAGGUCAAAGAUCAAGAGGAGGAGCUUGAUGAACAGGCUGGAACCAUUCAGAUGCUGGAACAGGCUAAACUCCGUUUGGAAAUGGAGACUGAGAGAUUGAGACAAACACAUUCUAAAGAGCUGGACAGUAAGGAUGAGGAAGUGGAAGACAUCAGACUGUCCUGCAGUAAGAAGCUGAAGCAAAUGGAAGUGCAGUUAGAGGAGGAAUAUGAAGAUAAACAGAGAGUUCUGAGAGAAAAGAGAGAUCUGGAGUCCAAACUGAUGAUGGCGCAGGAACAGGUUGGCCAGAAAGAUGUAGAGACAGAGAAACGUCUCAGGAAGGAUCUGAAGCGCACAAAGGUUCUUCUGGCUGAUGCGCAGAUGAUGCUGGACCAUCUAAAGAGUAAUGUGCCCAGCAAAAGAGAGAUCGCCGCACUCAAAAAUAAGUUGGAGGAGUCAGAGUUUGCCUGCGCGGCCGCAGUUAAAGCACGCAAGUCUAUGGAGCUGGAAAUUGAAGACCUUCAUAUCCAGAUGGAUGACGUCACCAAAGCCAAGAUGGCUUCGGAGGAGCAGAUAAGUCGUCUGCAGAGAGAGAAAAAUGACCUGCAGUCUCGUUUUGAGGAGGAUCAAGAGGACAUGAAUGAACUCAUGAAGAAACACAAAGCUGCCGUGGCUCAGUCCACAAGAGAUCUUGCACAAAUCAGUGACCUACAAGCACAGGUGGAGGAGGCCAUGAAAGAAAAACAGGAGAUCCAGGACAAGCUUCACUCCCUGCAGUCACAGCUUGAAUUUCAGGAACAGUCUAUGGUGGAGAAAUCUCUGGUCAGCCGUCAGGAAGCCAAAAUUCGUGAACUAGAGACCAAACUAGAAUAUGAGAGGACCCAGACCAAACGUCUGGAGUCUCUUGUAACACGGCUGAAGGAAAACCUGGAGAAGAUGACCGAGGAACGAGACCAGCGUAUUGCCAGCGAAAACCGGGAGAAGGAUCAGAAUAAGCGCAUGCAGCGACAGAUCCGGGACACAAAGGAGGAGAUGACUGAACUGUCUAAGAAAGAGUCAGAAGCUAGUCGCAAAAAACAUGAGCUGGAAAUGGAUAUUGAAAGCCUGGAAGCAGCCAAUCAGAGCUUACAAGCAGAUUUGAAGUUGGCCUUUAAGCGGAUCGGGGACCUGCAGGCUGCUAUGGAAGAUGAAAUGGAGACAGAUGAUGAUGAUGACCUCAUCAACAGUGGAGAUGAAUCUGAUAUGGACUCUGAGGUGGAGGACCGCGUGGAUGGGGUGAAGUCAUUGCUUUCCAAGAGCAAAGGAUCUGCUAAGACACUCACUGAUGAAGGCCCCCAGAAGAACACCAGACACACCAAUGCUGCUAAUGCAGAUGUGAAAGAUAUAAAAGAAGGGAAAGAGGGAAAAGAGGGGAAGGAGGAAGUAAAAAAAGAUUCGGACGAGAGCCGUCCGGUGUCUGUGAUGAGCUCGCUCAGCUACAGGAAACGCUCCCAUCAGAAGGACUGGAACGGAGGUGCAGGGGAUGAAAACUCUCUCUUUAGCGCCCUUCGGGAGCAGCCGGACAUGCCUGACAGAUUGUCGUUGCGCAAAGCUAAAAGCAAAUCCACAGACAGGCCUCAGACUGGAGAUGACCUGGAUGACCGGGGUUCAGUGAUAUCCCAGGCUUACUCUGAAGCUGCCAGUAGGGCCAGGAAAGGUCUAGACCGUCGCUGGACCAAAAGCAGUCCAGAAUUUGACAAAGAGUCCAUGGUGUCCUCGGUUGCUCCAAGCCGAGCUUCCACACGCCGUGGGAUAGAGCAAGAUGACGAUGCUCUGUCUGGUGUGAGCAGCUUCAGCUUGCGACGUAGUACUUCUUGGAUGGAUGACAGCCGCAGUGAUUACGGUCCGACAAGUACAAGUAUGAGUCAACAAUCUAGAAGCCGAAGUCCUGGAAGCACCAGCGUCGGCUCGCGAAUUUCCUUGGCUCGCAGCACCCGACUUAGCGAGUUUGGAGUUCGUUUGAAUAAUGACGAGGUUGAUGAAGACGAUGAUGUUGACUCUGUGAGUGUAGCUGCAUACAGUCCACGCUCAGUGGGCCGUAGUCUGUCCACUCCUGCCCAGCUACGUUCUUCUGAGAACCCACUGGACACCUCUGACGUUAAACCUGUGAGCCACCGCAACUACCUGGACCCAGACUUAGAAAAAGCCAUCAAUGAGGUCCUGAGCUUCAAGCCAAUUAAGUUCAAACGCCGAAGCUUAGAAGACUCAGAUGAAGAAGAGGAGGGAGGUGGUGGUGCAGGAGAGGAAGAAGAAAGGAAGAGCAUCAAGAGUUUGUUGGCAGACAAGGAUGAUGAAGGUCUGGGCCGUAGCGAGUCCAGUCUGAGACGCUCGGCUUCAGGUUCUGCCGUAGAUUCUGGUCGUUCUAGAAGCUCUCUAAGUUCCUUUAGCUCCAAGAGCAGCAAGAAGAAGAACAAGAAGAAGAGCAGGCGCUCCGAGUCUGACAGCUCCUCCAAUGAGGGUCAUACUCGGCGUCAUUCCAGACAAAAAGAAAAGAGAAGAUCCAAAAGCUUAAGAAAGAAAGAAUCUGGAUCGUCUAAGUCAGAAUCUGACUCAAAAUCUUCAUCUUCAAGCUCUGCAUCAACAGUUUCAUAUCGCAGCUCAAACAGUGUGAAGAGAAGCCCAGGGCAGAAAGACUCAGAUGGUGGUCUGGAAAGUCCUGAUGAAGAACGACCCCCAAGCAGAAAAGAACUAAAGAAACAGAAGAAGAAAGUGGACAGUCUGGUUAUGAAGUAUCUCUACAAGCCUGACAGUGAUUAAGGAUCAUUAACAGUCCCCUCUACAGACCACACUCAGUGCAACAUGAGGAAGACGACACUGGACCAGAGAAAGACACUACACAAACUGACAGUACUAUCCUUAAAGACAGCAGUGGUGAUGAUCAACUUUCGGAAAGCACUGCGUAGAUC